UUGUUUCAGCAUGUUAGAAAUCUACAAUGAAAAGGUAAUUGAUUUGUUAUCUAAGACUAAGCAACUGGGGGGUCUGAAGGUGCGAGAAAACCAUCAGAGAGGAUAUUACGUGGAGGGCCUGAAGUCAGUGCCAUGUGAAAGCUAUGAGAGGAUUAAAUUGCUGCUGGAGCAAGGAAACAGGAAGAGGAGCACUGCAUCCACUAAUAUGAACACCAUCAGCAGCCGUUCUCAUAUGAUCAUCACCAUUCAAUUCAAACAGGUAUUUCUGAAGGAGCACCUCACCAAACAAUCUGACAUAAGCCUGGUGGAUCUGGCUGGAAGCGAGCGGCAGAAAUCUUCUGGAUCUGAGGGGGACCAUCUGCGAGAGGGAGCAGCCAUCAACCGGAGCUUAUCCACUCUGGGCAAUGUCAUCAGUGCUUUGGCCGAAAUAGCUGUGGGGAAGAAGGUAAUGCAUGUACCAUACAGAGACUCCACAAUUACUAAAUUGCUGCAGUCAGCUCUGGGAGGAAACAGCAAGACAAUCAUGAUUGCCACAAUCAGUCCUGCUGACAUCUGCUAUGAGGAAACGCUUUCCACAUUACGUUAUGCUGAAAGGGCCAAGAAUAUCCAGAACAAAGCCAUGAUAAACCAAGGUCCUUCAGAGAGACUCAUCCAGGAACUGGAGGCAGAAACCACCAAGUUGCUGUUAAAACUUUCAAAAAUUGGGAACUCGGGCCAAAGGGUGGAAGAAGAAACAAAGGAAUUGCGACGUUUAUUGGCUGACAACGAGCUUCAGAUGCACGACAUUCAGACUUCAUGGGAGCAACGUCUUGAGAAGGCGCGGAAAGAAUGGGAGCAGCAAUACGUUGUGAUAUCGCAGGAACAGGACAUGAUUCGGAUCUUCCCUUAUCUGUUGAAUGUCAACGUGGACCCACAACUCUCUGGCAUUGUCAAACACUUAAUUCAAGAUGGAGAAACUGUCAUAGGUCAUUCCAGCAGUUUCCCAAAGAGUAUCACUAUUAAAGGUUUGGGUAUGUGUUUUUCCUACAGUAUCUCAGAUAAACACGCCACUAUCACAAACCAGGACAGCACAGUAACUCUCGAAUCAUGUGGGCAAGCCAAAGUGACUGUAAAUGGGAUCCUUGUUCUUACUAAAGUUCACCUUAGACAUUUGGAUCGAGUUAUUUUGGGAUCCAGCAGUACCUAUCUCUACGUGGGGUUUCCCAGUGAGCGCAGCAGCGAGGACCUGACCAGAUACGACUACGAUUUCUUCCAGUGCGAGCUGGCAGCGGCGGAGGGGUUUGACAAGGAUGUGCUUGGUGGUGUGAGCGGGAAUCACAGGGAAGCAGACCCGAGCGUGCUGGCCGUGUUCCACGAUUACAUCAGAGUGAAACCCAUGGUGAUGGAGGCAAACCAGAUCAGCCACGAGCUAAACAAGGAACUGAAGUUUGAAUUGGAAGUGAAGAAUUUAGCGUUAACAGAUUCCAGGGGCCGUGACCUGACCAAGGAAAUUAUUGUGAAGGUAACAAACAAGGUGGCAGAUCAGGUGUGGGUGUGGUCAAAGGCCAAGUUUGUGAACAGGAAGUUCAUCAUGGAAGACAUGUAUCAGCGUUUUGUGGAUGGAGAGAGCAUUGCUGUGGGAAGAGAGAAUGAUCCCUUUUGGGACCCUGUUGAACCUGUACAUCUGGGCACUGCCCAUGUCUGGCUCCAGUCACUUAUCUAUUGCAUUGCACUAGAGGAACAAGUGGAGUUUCACAAUUCCCAAGGCAAAGAGGAGGCCAUUUUACAGAUGAGUUUAGUGCCAUGCACUCCAACUGGACAGCCUCAUGGAGAAGAUGGGAUCCUCAUUGACCCCACAGAGUUAGUGGGCCAGAGAAUGGAUUUUCAGGUUCAGAUCACAAAUUGCCUGGGAGUGAAAUGGUUAAAGCAGAACAGUAAGAGAGGAAUUCAGAUCAGUUACCAUGUCAUCAACCAUCAGCGCCCUUUCCCUACAAAAUCAGUCUGGAACUCUGUGAAUCCCAGGAUAGAUCACAUGCUGCAGUUCACAGUGAAAAGUGUCUCACAGGAGCUGUUGAACUAUCUACAAGACCAUGCCAUGGUUGUGGACCUGUGGGGUCUUCAAGAUGGCUGUGCAGAGAUGGCCUCCUCUCUAGAAGGUGCUGAGAUCACUGAGGAAGGAAGUAUCAUUAUCGACUAUCCAACAGUAAACCCGCCUGGCAAUAGCAGCUUGGAGGUGAGUGAAAACCAGCUCCCUGAACUUUAUACCAAAUUGUCCAAGUUGGAGCAGAAGAUUGAACUUCUGAAAGAUGUCAACAAAACCUUAAGGAAAGAAAAUGUUGCUCUGAAGGAAACCUUAAGAAAAAUAAUAAGCGAAGGUACUAGGCCUGAAUUGAAUCUUACCUACCAAAAGAGUUUACCCAGCAACAGAACCCAACAAAUAACCAUGUCAAAAGACUUUGGCUUCAAGAGUGUUCCAAAGCCCAGCUAUGACGUUGAAUUUGCCAAAGCUCUCAAAUUGUUUUACCAAAGCAUGAACAGAGUGCGAAGCCAACUCCUGGAGUUACAACGGCAUAGGCCAACGGAUGAAGAUAAUGUUGAAAUAUUGCAAAUAUCUAUCGAUGAACAAAGUCAGAUGAUAAAGGAUUUUGGAGACCAUCUUGAAUCAUGCAUUAAUACCCUGAAGAAUGAUGUUGCUUUUAUCAUUAAAAAAAAGAGAGAGCAUAGCUGGUGUAGUUCAGCGACAAAGUGAAACAAGGUCUGCUUCACACAAUUGAUCUUUGAGGCAGCUCAAAAUUCCCUUUUCUGCUGAAAUGCUCAUUAUUUAGGACUGUCCAGUUCCCUGCUCAAUGGUAAUGAUGAUACUGUUAUCCACAAAACUGCAAGGAUUAUUUUUAUAUACAUCAUUGUUUGCAAGAUGAAUAGCAGCCAAUCACUGGUAUUUCCAACAAGCAAGAUUAAUGGCUGCCAUCUGAGGGAGUGUUGUCCCGAUUUUCUGGCUUCCAUCUACAGAUAAAUUAAAAAUUUGAUGUAAAUAAAUCUUCAA